AUGUCGGAACCUCAGUUCACUCUGUACUCUACGGCUGUUGGGCCGAAUGGGUGGAAGGUUGCGAUGGUGCUGUCAGAGCUUGGUCUGACAUACAAAACUAUUUUCCUGGAUUUUUCUCAGAAUGAGCAGAAAGGACCCGAAUUUACCAAGUUGAACCCAAAUGGAAGAAUCCCAGCUAUAAUAGACCAUCAAAACAACGAUUUCGUGCUCUGGGAAUCAAACGCAAUAAUCGAGUAUAUCGCCUUGAAAUACGACAAAGAGCACAAACUCUCGUUCCCAGACUUCGAGAACCAGCAGAUUACCCGCCAGUGGCUCUACUUCCAAGCUUCCGGCCAGGGUCCUUAUUACGGCCAGGCAGUAUGGUUCAUCAAGGAGCACGGCGGUGAACCAAAGGCUGUUGUCGAGCGCUACCAGAACGAGACAAGGCGGGUGAUCAAGGUCUUAGAAUCCGUGCUAUCGAAACAGGAUUGGCUUGUGGGCGGCAAGAUGUCGAUUGCGGACAUUGCCUUUUUGCAGUGGAACACGAGUGCAGAUAGAAUCAUCCUGGGUCGCGACUUUAUCGAUAAAGAGGCGCCGCACGUAAGGAAGUGCAUGGAUGCGAUGCUCGGGCGACCAGCGAUCGACAAAGUGGUUCAGGAGAGGAUCAAGAUGCUGUCUGGCCCGGGGGAAGCGUUUCACGAUCAACCAUUCUCGACCACUCCCGAUCCAAAUUUGCAGAAUCGAUCCCAAGCUCAACGCACCACGACAGUGGUUGACGAGCCUGAACCGUCUGACUCGGGAUCGACCCUGGCACCAUCUGAGGCGGACUCUGUCUGGUCCAAGGUUGUAUCCCAUUACCAUCCUGACGUACCCGACGGCCGUCGUGUCAUGUACGUAGGGGAGCAGUGGACUCUAGCCUACGUUAUGCGAUGGAAAGACCCCCCGUCCGGGGCCUCGGAGGAUACGGUAUCUGGUACAUCAGCUGCGUCACCAACUGGAAUUCACGUCUCAAUGCCAAUAGAGGACAGUGCCCCGUCACCGGCACAGAAAAGAGUUUCGCCGCUAGUAACAGAGCUCACAGGACAGGCUGAACUUCCUGCUCGAAUCCAACAGGGGCUUAUCGAUUCUUAUUUUACCCGGAAUCAUCGUCUCUACCCCAUUGUGAACGAGAGAGAUCUCCGAUCCUCAUAUCAAAGUGGAACAAUUUCGCCUGUUCUCUUACAUUCAAUACUCUAUGCUGCAGCCCUCCACGCUCCGGAUGCCAUCAUAUACCGAGCAGGAUUCGACAGCAGACAGGCGUGUCUGUUAAGCCUCUACCGACGGGCCAAAACCGCGUAUAUGCUUCACGACGAUGAUGGCACUGCGGACCAGCUCUCUUCCGUCCAGGCGGCAUUUCUAUUGCAUAACAUGUGGCAGGCCCCAACCGCCACGAUGGAUCCUUGGACUUGGCUUGGACUUGCCAUACGAACAGCGCAGAAUAUCGGCAUGCAUCGGAGCACAAAACAGUCGGCGCUAAAAGAUGCGGAUAAAAGGCUCUGGAAACGUAUCUGGUGGUGUCUCUACGCACGGGAUAGGCAAAUGGCCAGUGGACUCGGAAAACCAAUACUGAUUCGCGACCAAGAUUGCGAUGUCGAGCCAUUAGAUGAAGACGACUUCGAAGAAGAGGACUCGUCAGAAAUGAGAUUAUUCGUCAUCCAUCAAGCUAAACUAGGAGUGUUUUACGGAUCAGUGAUAUCAUCCUUAUUCACGGCCGUGCCUCGCGAUUCCGUGGCAAAGAGUGUGGAUCGUGCUACCAUCAUCCGGCAGUUGCAGCAGUGGAGACAAGAGCUCCCAGCGGCUAUCCAAUGGGAGAACCGGCCCAGGUGCUCUCCGGAAGUGUUCCCAUUCUUAGCCCUCCUUCUGGAGGUUCUCUACAACUCCUCCGCCCUAUUUGGUGCUAUGACCGUCCACGCCUUCCGCGGGGCCGAUUCUGAGCAACAACUUAGCCUGUGCAUGAUUGCUAUGCGGUCUCUUUCGUCCAUGUACUUUGCCGCAGGGUGGAUUCGCAACAUGUUUCGAACGCUUGCCGAGAAGCGGGCCUCUAGAAUGACUCUAAGCUCAGUUCAAAAUAGACCCGGCGAAGCUGAGCCGGUCCAAGCAUCUACAAAACUCUCUAAUCCAACUGUCGGCUCAUCAUUUGAGAGAACAGUAACUACAGACAGCUGCGAUAGUGGGAUACCUGAGGGCAUUCAAGAUGGACCUGACCUACUGGAGCGCCUGGAGAUGUGGCCCGACCCCACGACCAUGGAUGCCGUGGGAUAUUUAAGCAUGAGUAUCGGCGACUUCAUCAACCCUUCUACCAUGGACGAUACGUCGAUGCUGAACCUUGACCCAGGGCUUAUGAGGUGGAAGGCUAACGAAAACAGGGACGCAGUAUGCAAUAGCAACGGCUAUCCAGACGAAGUGAUGCAUCCUACUGACCUUGAGAUCCUGGCUCUUCGCAAAAUCUCCGGUCAUAUGGGGAUGGCUGACCCUUUUGGAAUUAUUGGCGUGAUCGGCGUCGCUGGCCAAAUCGUCCAGGCUACAGUCAAGUUCGGACUCGACUGGAAGGAGGCACCGGCCUACGCCAGGAGCUUCAUGGCCGAGAUCCAGGCUCUGAAGACCGUUCUAUCUGAGACGAAUACGAACAUCCUUCUCAACGUUGACUUCAAGGACCUUUUUCACGGUCGGCAUUCGACGCUCCUUUCGCAGCUUGGAGAGACGGCACGAGACACUGACACCCAUGCGAUGGUAUCAGCGUGUAAGAAAGAGCUAGGAAGUCUCCUUGAGGACUUAAAGAGGCGAGCCAAUGGUCAUCCAAUUGGCUGGGAGAGGCUGAAAGGGGCGUUCCUGGCGAAGACGACUAGGGAAGCUGUCGAAAGCCUUCAUCGACAAUGUCGAACCUUGAACAGCUUGGUGGCUCUGGACGCCCUUUCCCUAAGCGUAAGCAUUCACAAGGAAGUCAGGGAGGUGAGAAAAGAGCAACAGAGUUGGUGUGCAGACGGGGAGUCCAAGGCCAUCGUUGAUUGGCUCUCGGCCGUUGAUUAUGGUCCCGAGCAAAGCAGCUUCAUCGAACGGAGGCAAGAAGGUACUGGGCAAUGGUUUCUGAACUCGCCUCAAUACCGAGAAUGGAUUAAGGCCGCGAAACAGACACUAUUCUGCCCAGGUAUCCCUGGAGCUGGGAAGACGAUUCUCACGUCGAUCGUGGUUGAUGACCUUCACACGCGAUUUCAGAGUAAUGAACAGGUUGGCAUAGCUUAUCUUUAUUGUGACUUCCGGCGUAAAAAUGAGCAGAAGGCUGGAGACCUCCUUGCCAGUUUACUAAAGCAGCUGACCCAAGGCCGGUCAUCAUUGCCGGAGUGCAUGAAGUCUCUCCAUGACAGCCACAGGGACAAGCGGACGCGGCCAUUAUUCGAUGAAAUCUCGAGUAAUUUACACACGGUCGCUGCUUUAUAUUCGAAGACGUUCAUUAUCAUUGACGCUCUUGACGAAUGCGAAAGGAAUGAUGGCCGCCGGGCGAGAUUCUUGACGGAGGUUUUCAACUUACAAGGCACGUGCGGAGCGAAUAUUUUCGCAACUUCCAGGCAUAUACCGGAAAUUACCGACAGAUUUAGUACCAGCACGAUGCUAGAGAUCCGGGCUAGUGACGAGGAUUUUCGCAAGUAUUUAGAUGGUCGAAUAUCUCAAUCCGGACUGGCAUCGUUGAACGCGUGCCGCGAAGAGAUCAAGAACGAGAUAACAAAGGCUGCUGAUGGAAGCAAUAAGAGAACGUGCCGGAAGAUCAAAGACGCAUUGAAGACUCUCCCAACGGGGCCGAAGGCGUACGAUAAUGCCUACGACGAAGCGAUGAAGCGGAUCGCCGAUUCUGAUGCCGACUCGGAGGAUCUGGCAAAACAGGUUCUAUCAUGGAUCACGUGUGCAAGAAGACGGCUCACUUCUUUGGAAAUCCAACACGCACUCGCUGUGGUGGCUGGUGACCCCGAACUCGACAAAGAGAAUCUCCCGUCAGUCGAUGACAUAGUCUUAGUGUGUAUUGGGUUGGUCACGAUCGAUGAAGAAAGUGGUAUCAUCCGGCUGGUCCAUUACACGGCUCAAGAGUACUUCGAGAGGAUGCGCAAAGUUUGGUUCCCGAAUGCGGAGGCAGACAUCGCCAAAGUCUGUGUUGCCUACCUCUCGUUCAGAACGUUUGACGACGGAUUUUGUCCCACAGAUGAAGGCAUACGAGACCGGGGGCUGUUGAAUCCAUUGUUCGAAUACGCCGCUCGCAAUUGGGUCUCCCACGUCCGUUCUGCCUUGCCCGACGCUGAUCCGUUCAUUUCCUCCUUCUUGUCCUCAGGGUCAAAAGUACCCAGUAGUUGCCUGCUCUUGGAGCUGAGGGACGAGCAAGAACUCAACGCAGAGUGGCUGCUGGAACGACAUGUCGAAGUGAAUGUGCGCGACACCGAGUGGAAAACGCCAUUGCAUCACGCUGUCCUCGGAAGUUGGACAAGAUGUGUUCAACUCAUCCUCGAGCGUGGAGCAGAGAUGACUGUGGACAUUGACAACAUGACUCCCUUUCACUACACUGCCUGGACAGCCAACGAAGAAAUAGCGCAAAUAUUUCUCGACGCUGGAGUGUCGGUAAAUAGCAUAGUGAAACGGAGGGUUUGGCUGGCGUCCUACCGGGAGGGGAAGCUCUCUUACGAGCCAAUCAACGACCCGCAUUGCCCCCAAGAGAAGAUCAACACUCCGCAAGGGCUCACUGCUUUGCACUAUGCGGCCCUAACGGGGAAUUCUCAGAUGGCGAGAUUUUUCCUCGAACACGGCGCGAACCCGAAUGCGGUCUCCGAAUACGGCGAAACACCUCUACAUCUGGCGCUCAAGCAAGAUAUCCACGGUCAGAAGUGGGUCCCUGGCAAUGGAGAUCGAUGGAACGAUCCGGAUUUCAGAAUCGAACUCAUGCUUGACUACAUAGCCUAUGACUCCGAUGGCGAGGAAGAAUACCGCAUAGCAAUGGAUACAAUCCAUAAACACAGGCUAGACGUCGUCAAUACCCUCCUCGACCACCCAGAAAUCGACAUGACCGCCAGGGAUGCAUAUGGCGCGUCUCUUCUGCACUGCAUUCGCUAUGGGGAGUCGGGAUCCCAAACAAUCCUCCAGAUGUUGCUCGAAAAGAACAUCAGCGUCUCCGUACGCAAUUUGAAAGGCCAGACACCACUGCAUCUCGCCUGCCUAGCGGGAGAUGCGAACUGUCUUCCUAUCCUCAUUGGGAACGGCGCAAAUGCAAUGUUCGCGGAUGAAGACGGACUCAAUGCCCUACACUACGCAGCGCGGAGUGGAGACGAGAAAACCAUCCGACUUCUACUUGACAUUGCCACGGAUGGAGAUUCCAAGGCACUUGCGACGGCGAGAGACAGGCGUGGUCGAAAUACGCUACAUCAUCUGCUUAGUGGGAGCGAAGGCGGCCAUCUCGAGGCCGUCCAGUGUCUCUUGACGAAUGGUGUCGGCGUCAACGACCUUGACGACGAUGGCAACUCGUCGUUGGCGGUAUACAUUGCCAAGUGGCCUUUUCCACGCAAGGUGCGAGAGGUGCAGCUUCUCUUUCAAAGUGGUGCAGACCCUUCGUUCACCACUGCUGAGGGGGGUUUGGGACUUGGCCAUCUAUAUGCCAAAUCCUACGAACUCGAGGUGGAACUUCUCUCUGUUUUGAUGAGCUCCGGUGUGGAUCUCCGAAUGCAGGAUGUCGAAGGCCGCACAAUAUUGCAUCAUUCGGCUAUAGAAGGCUCUCUUACCGAAGAUGCGCUAGACUUCCUCUGCAAUAGAAUCGGGCUAUCGAGGGACUCCCCUGACGCUCUUGGGUUGACUCCAUUGGAUUACGCCACCAAAAUGAGGAAGAUUGACCGUCAUCUAGAUACCUUUGACCGACACCGGUGGUUGAGAACGGAGGAAAUUCUGCGCAGCCAAUAA